UAUUUCAAUUGCAAUCACUACUGGACUUAAUGUUAAGUCGAAAUCGGAAUAAAAGGCCGGAAUGUCGGGAAGUAUUGGCUAAACAUAACGAGUGGUCUAUCGAUAAGAAUAUUCUCCAAAAUGAUAUCGAAUUUGAAUAUAUUUUAAAUAGACUUAAAUCUAAUCGAAACUCUUUUUUCUAUGAGUUUUUAAAUGGAAUGUAUACUAAAGUAACUAUAAAUGGGAAUAGUUUUCAAGACUUUUCGAAAAUUGGAAAUGGGGGCUUUGGGGAAGUGUUCAAGGUGAAAUAUAAUUAUAAUCUUAUGGAGUACGCAUUGAAACGAAUUGGAUUUGAAGAUUUUACUGAAAUUCAAUUGAAAACUAUUUCCCGAGAAGUGGAGGGCCUGUCGAAAGUUAGCUCACAAUACAUUGUCCAGUAUUACGACUCGUGGAUCAAAAAUAAGUGUCAAUUCAUUGUAAUGGAGUUGUGUUCGCAAAAUCUUAUGAAUAUUCUUGAAGCCAAACCACAUGCAUUUGGUCGACAACCUGGAGAUCUCAUAAAUUUAGUCGAGAACGGCAGGUUUAUUAAGUUAUGUGACUUUGGUUUGGCUACAGUUCACGACAAAUAUAUUACAAACACCAAAGAGGUAGGGGAUGUUCGCUAUAUGGCACCGGAAGUAAUGCAGGGUCGUAGUCAAGACAUAUAUCCAGCUGCACAUGAAAUAUUGAACUUAGAACUAUUGAAGGUAGUUAAUUUGCAUAAAAUAUUGGACUCGAUGUUUGUCACGAAAUUAUGGCCUCAAAGACCCGAAUGUCGGGAAGUGUUGGCUAAACAUAAGGAGUGGGCUAUCGAUCGCAAUAUUAUUACAAAUAAUAAUGAAAUUGAUUUACUCAUAAAGAAGCUGAAAGAAAAUGAAAAUACAUUUUUCUAUCAAUUUCUAAUAUACUUCUUGAAAUAA